GUAUUAUCUGCUCCAAAGUUUUGCGUGGCCUUAGGGUAGCUAAACAAAAUUCAGAUUGUCGUUUGGAUACAGCGUCUAACUUACCUCCUUUUUCUUCAUUUCCCUAAUCCGGCCACAAUUGGACUAAAAAUCGAUCUCAAGAUGACAACCAGAGUGAAUACCGUCCUAAACCACUCUGACGAGGAGAAGGGGUUGAACCGGUCGGACACGAGUGUGACAAUGCCACCGGAGCUAUUCGAGAAGCUCUAUCUCACUCCCAAGGUCCCCCAGGUGGGCGACUACAACAAGCGAUUCGCUAAUCCGACACCUCUCGGCAUCGUUGGAUUUGUGAUCUCGACUUAUACCUUUUCGAUAACAUUGAUGGGCUGGGGAGGAGCUCAAGGAGCAACACCUGUGGUGGGCAUAUUCUUCUUCGUCGGGCCUGUGCUACUGCUGGUCUCCAUGGUCUUCGAAUGGAUCAUGGGGAACUUCUUUCCAAUGAUGGCCAUGGGCCUAUACGCCGUCUUCUGGUUGUCAUUCGGUAUGCUAAAUCUACCCACGCUGCAACUCGGAGAGCCGUACGCGACAACCGGUGACCCGACAGGCCAGAUGUCACCCGAGUACAACUCCGUUAUUGGGAUAUACCUCGUCGUAUGGGGCUUUGCUCUAUUUACCUUCUUCCUCUUCACGCUCAAGGUCAACGCUGUGUUUGCCGUGAUCUUUGCCUGUGCUACCUCUGCGGUUUGGAUCUUGUCCAGUGCGUACUUCAGGCUCGCGGCGGGCAACUAUGAGACAGCCGCAAGUUUACAGAAGGCUGGUGGAGCUCUACUAUUCGUAGUGGCGACAUUGGGUUGGUACAUGUGCAUCGUGAUCAUGGCGGGAGAGAUGCGCAUUACGGUGAACCUCCCCCUCGGUGACCUCACGCGGUUUUGGCCGCGCACGGAUGUAGACCUAGCGGAAGCAGCUGCACAUCGCGACUAAAGAAAGAAUGCAACAAUGAAGACCGAAGCUAAGCAUACUUUAAGUAUUACAGUUAUUAUAUGGCAAAUGCGUUAUACACAAGUCAUUAAAUGUCUCUUGAGAUACUUACUGUAUUUACCUUGCUGUCUCGUUUACGGAGGUUGGGCCUGUUUCGUUGC